CCAAUCAACCUCUCUCAUACCUCCAUCCUUUCUUCCUCUGCUCCUAGCUCCAUCCAGUAGGAAACCUGGGGACGCUCUCAUCAUCUCCGACAUCAAGAAGGGCAGCGUGGCUCACAGGACUGGGACUCUGGAGCUGGGGGACAAGCUGCUGGCCAUCGAUAACAUCCGGCUGGACAACUGCUCCAUGGAAGACGCUGUUCAGAUUCUCCAGCAGUGUGAAGAACUGGUCAAGCUCAAGAUCCGCAAGGACGAGGACAACUCAGACGAACAGGAGCUGUCUGGAUCCAUCAUCUACACGGUGGAGCUGAAGAGAUAUGGAGGCCCGCUGGGGAUCACCAUCUCAGGCACAGAGGAGCCCUUUGACCCCAUCGUCAUCUCCAGCCUCACCAAGGGAGGACUGGCAGAGAGGACGGGAGCGAUCCACAUCGGGGACAGUAUCCUUACACACACACACACACACACACACACACACCUAAACCCUGGUGUUUCUCUGUGUGUAGGACGGGGAGCGAUCCACAUCGGGGACAGGAUCCUUGCCAUCAACUGUAACAGUCUGAAGGGUAAACCACUGAGUGAAGCCAUUCACCUGCUGCAGAUGGCUGGAGAGUCUGUCACACUGAAGAUCAAGAAACAGGGAGACUUGGCCAGUCCCAAGCUGCCGUCGGUGUCUGGUCAUCUCAGUGAUGUGAUGCUGAGUGAUGUGGAGGACGAGGCAGGGUUAGGCGGGCUGGGAAACCAGGCAGAGAGCCAGAAACAUGGGAAGCUCUCUGACCUCUACUCCACCACCAUCCCCUCUGUGGACUCAGCCGUGGAGUCCUGGGACGGUUCGGCCAUAGACACCACCUUCAACACCCAGGCCCCAGGUUUCCAGGCGUCUGGCUACAGCUUCCACAGCCAUGAGUGGAGGAACGCCAAGCCCAGCCAAGGCAGCCUGUCCCCCGUCAGCACCCGCCAGAGACACAACGUCCUGGCAGACCUGGGCCUCAGCGACGACGAAUGGGACAGACCCACCGCCGGCGGAGCUUCUACACUGCCCACGGGUCUAAUCACUGACAGCAGGUUCACUGUGGGUCAUGACGGGACCGAGCCGGACCAGGAAGAGAACUUCUGGUCUCAGGCCCUGGAAGAUCUAGAGACCUGUGGCCAGUCUGGCAUCCUGAGGGAACUGGAGGACGAGCCAGACAGGCUUCUGAAUAAGAGAAACUUGGCCACCAUUAUGUCAGGCAGCAGUCUGAGUCUGAACCAUGACCCUGCUCCUCUGAGGAGCCACCUGGGUCGGCAGGCCAGCUUCCAGGAGCGCAGCGCAGCCCGGCCGCAGUACAACCAGUCCUCGCGCUCCAACACCCUGCCCAGUGACGGGGGGCGCAAGGCCUUCGCCAUGAGGAAGAUGAAGCAGGAGAUGAAUGACGUCAUGUCGCCCACCCCCGUGGAGCUGCACAAGGUGAGUCUGUUGAAGGAGUCGGACCUUGAAGACUUUGGCUUCAGUGUGUCGGAUGGCCUCCUGGAGAAAGGUGUCUAUGUCAACAACAUCCGUCCAGGUGGACCUGCAGAGGUCGGGGGCCUGAAGUCCUACGACAGGCUGCUACAGAUCAACCACGUGAGGACCAGAGACUUCGACUGCUGUCUGGUGGUCCCUCUGAUCGCCGAGUCAGGAAACAAACUGGACCUGGUGAUCAGCAGGAACCCUGCUUCCUCCAGAACCGGGUCCCAGUCAGAACUGAACCAGCUACCCGCCGAGGAGCCUGUUAUCAACUGGACCGAGCCGGGGGACAGCCUCUCUGGCCCUCCACCGAACCAGAACCACCAUUCCUUGUCCAGGAUGGCUGCUGGAAUCGGGGUGACUGGGAUCGGGGCGGCGCUGGCCGGGGCUGGGCUAGAUGAUAAAGACCCCACUAAGACCUUAUAGCAGACUGGAGGUCUGAAGGCCCAAGGCUCUCUCUUUCUGUCGAUCUAUCUGUCCCACUAAGACCUUAUAGCAGACUGGAGGUCUGAAGGCCCAAGGCGCUCUCUUUCUGUCGAUCUAUCUGUCCCACUAAGACCUUAUAGCAGACUGGAGGUCUGA